AUGUUGGGAAUCCUCAAAACUAGUUACAAAGUGUCGAAGGGCUAUUUAAGAUCAUCGAUCGCGACACUGUGGUACGAGGAUAAGAUUAUGGAGGACGGAUGGGGCCAUAUCAAAGUCGUGACGGAUGGCCACUACCCCGAUGAGAUUCAGGCAGAAGCUGCAGGAUAUCUUGAAGGAUACGUCGAGUACGAGCGCAUUGCUCAGCAUGUCAGCAACAUUCGUGCGAUCAACUUUGGAUCAAACCCGAUUCCCGCAGGAAUUGAGAAUUACUUGAAGGAGCAGAUCGCGUUCAUUCGCAAAAUGGUUUCAAAUCCCCCGAAGGGUGAAGAGCGCUACUGGCAUUACGUCAAUUUGAUGAUGAAACAGGUGGAGGGUCUGACGAACGGAUUCAACGCGCGCCGCGGCCCGAACGAGCAGAUCACGUUCCAAGAGAUGUACAUGCACAACGCGGACGGAGACAUGGAGACGCUGCUGGACAUGUUCAACCCCGGAGACCGCGAGUGGCUGACGAUGCUGGACUGCUCCGCGCUGGUGCGUCGCAUGGAGAACGGCGAAAUCUACAUGGGCCACGCGACGUGGCGAAACUUCGCGGCGAUGCUGCGCCACUACAAGUUCUACGAGUUCCACUACCACAGCGAGACGGUGCGGCUGAGCUUCUCCGCGUCGCCAGGCUUCGUGAACUCCAAGGACGAUUUCUACGUGAAUGGGUUUGGAAUCGGCGCCAUGGAGACGACCAACGCCAUCUACGACGAGCAGCUCUACAAGUACUGCACCACCGACACGGUCCCUUCGUUCAUUCGAAGCCAGGUCAGCAACAUGCUCGCGCACGAUCCCAAGACCUGGGUGGACAUCUUCUCCCUCUACAACAGCGGAACCUACAACAACCAGUGGAUGGCUGUGGACCUGAACGGCGCGCAGAAGACCGAGAAUCUGAUGUGGAUCGUCGAGCAGAUCCCGGGACUCACCAUCAAGGAGGACGUCACGCGCACGCUUCGCGAGACGGGCUACUGGGCGUCGUACAACAUCCCCUACAUCCGCGAAAUCUACGAGAAAUCGGGCUAUCCCUCGCAGCCAGCGACCCCUGAAAACGACUACUACAACUGCUCGCGACACAACAUCUUCCAGCGCGAUGCCCCGCUCGUGAAGGAUCUCGACGGGUUCUUGAAGAUUCUGCGCUCGAACGACUACCUGCACGAUCCGCUGGCUGAGGGAAAUCCGCGCCACGUCAUCGCGUCGAGAUAUGAUCUGGACACGAGCAACCCGAGACAUUUCGGAGCCAUCGAUAGCAAGGUGACCUCGACGUCGCUCCACAACAAUAACAUGGGAGUGUGGGCUGUGAAUGGACCGACGGUCGAUGGCGUGCCUCCCUUCUCGUGGAGCGAGUGGAUGAAGUCGCAUGAGGCGGUGCAGCACAUCGGACACCCGGAUGUGUUUGACUUCGAUUACGUCUAUAUGGAUAUUGCCCAGUUUUGUGUUUGUUGGAAAAAUGAGCUUGGUUGGUAUGGGGCAGCUCUACGGUGUGGGUGGACUCCUCUCAUCCAUUCCUAG